AUGAAGGCGACCGACGGGUCGCCGACGACGCCCAACUGCACGUGGUCCGACGAUGCCGACGUCAGCGGCCGCAGCACGAUCGGCGCAUGCGCAUCGAGCGUCGUGUUUGGCGACGCAGAACAGAUUGUCUCUGAGGCUUACCUGACGGUCGUGCUUGCAGCGAGCGUGCUCUGUAAUAUCGUCGUCGUCUGGGCGAUCAACACCACGCUCAAGAAACGCCCCCUCUUUCGUCCGAAUCUCUUCAUCAUCGGACACGUCGCCGUCACCGAUCUGGCGACGGCCGUCAUCUGUCUGCCGCUCAUGCAGGCGGCAGCGGCCGUCGGUCGCUGGCCGUUCAGUGCGUCGGCCGUCGAGCGCUAUUUCUCGAUCGUGCGUCCGCACCAGUACAAACUGCUCGUGACGAAACGACGUUGCGUCAUCGCCGUCGUCGGCAUGUGGUCGGUGUCGGCGGCGCUCGCGAUCGUGCAAGUCGUCGUGCUCGACAACUGGGCGUUCUAUCCGGGCCGCGCGAUGUGCUUUAUGGACUGA